AUGUGUACUGGGAGCUGUGCCAAGUGCUUGGGGGGCAGCCUCAUUCCCCUGGCUCUGUUUGGCUUUCUGGCUAAUGUCCUGCUGUUCUUCCCUGGAGGAAAAGUGAUAGAGGACAACAACAAUCUUUCUGCGGAGAUCUGGUAUUUUGGAGGAAUACUGGGAAGCGGGGUCUUGAUGAUCUUCCCUGCGCUGGUGUUCCUGGGCCUCAAGAACAAUGACUGCUGCGGCUGCUGCGGCAACGCGGGCUGCGGGAAGCGCUUCGCAAUGUUCACCUCGACCAUAUUUGCUGUGAUUGGAUUCUUGGGUGCUGGCUACUCGUUUGUCAUCUCAGCCAUCUCGAUCAACAAGGGUCCUAACUGUCUCAUGUCCAAUAACACGUGGGGCUACCCCUUCCACGACGGGGAUUAUCUCAGUGACCAAGCCCUGUGGAGCAAGUGCCUGCAGCCUGACAAUGUGGUCUCCUGGAAUCUGACCCUCUUCUCCAUCCUGCUGGUGAUCGGAGGAAUCCAGAUGAUUCUCUGUGCUAUCCAGGCGAUCAACGGCCUCCUGGGGACACUCUGUGGAGACUGUCAGUGCUGCGGUGGGGGAGAUGGACCAGUUUAGCAGGCCUGAGAGCACUGCGCACCCUGCAGCAGGUGGACGAUCCUCCGUUAGCCUCCUCUUCCCUGCG